GAGUAAUAAAAACUAUUCUAUCGACUAUUGUUGUACCGAAUCUGUGAUAAAAACUAUCAAACGUUACCCAGGUCCCAAAUCAUCGUUUUACCGAUUGUAAUUCAAAAAGAUUCAAUGAUUCUAAAUUCAAUGGCUAAGAAGAUUUAUACAAACUCUCAUUCCCUAUUUUAUCCCCUUAGGGGUGGAAUUAAUCAAAAUCCUUUCUAAAGGGACGUUUACGUUAUAAUAUCCAUCUGCACGCCGAAUUUUAAGCCGAUCGGUGUAAAACUGACAAAGCUUCAUACAAACGUUCAUCCCCUACAUUGCCCCAUUGGAGGUGGAAAUAAUCAAAAUCCUUACUUGGGGAUGCCUACGUCAUAACAUCUACCUGCAUGCCGAAUUUCGUCUGUAUCGGUGUAAAACUGACAAAGCUUCAUAUAAACUUUCACCCCCUAUUUUACCCGAUCGAUUUAAAACUGACAAAGUCUCAUACAAACUUUCAUCCCCUAUUUUACCCCCUUGGUGGUGGAAAUUAUCAAAAUCCUUUCACAGCGGAUUACUACGUCAUAACAUCUAUCUGCAUGCCAAAUUUCAACCCGAUCGGUUUAAAACUGACAAAGUCCCGUACAAAUUUUCAUUCCCUAUUUUACCCCCUUGGGGGUGGAAAUUAUCAAAAUCCUUUCACAGCGGAUGCUUACGUCAUAACAUCUAUCUGCAUGCCAAAUUUAAACCCGAUCGGUUUAAAACUGACAAAGUUUCAUACAAACUUUCAUCCCCUUUUUUACACCCUUGGGGGUGGAAAUUAUCAAAAUCCUUUCUUAGCGGAUGCCUACGUCAUAACAUCUAUCUGUAUUCCAAAUUUUAGCCCAAUCUAUCCAGCGGUUUGGGCUGUGCGUUGA